AUGGAGGAGCAGUGGACCGGCCUCGAUGCGGCUCAGCUGCCGACCGUGGCGAAAGACGACGCAGUCGUGAAGCAAAAGCUCGCAAAAGCUCAGCGGCAGCCGACCGGGGACCGCGGUGUGAUCUAUCUCGGACGGGUCCCGCAUGGGUUCUACGAGGAGCAGAUGCGGGCGUACUUCGCGCAGUUCGGGACCGUCACCCGUCUGCGGCUCUCGCGCAACAAGAAGACGGGACGUUCCAAGCACUACGCGUUCAUCGAGUUCGACUCGUCCUCCGUCGCCAAAAUCGUCGCGGAGACGAUGGACAACUACCUGCUCAUGGGCCACAUCCUGACGUGCAAGGUGAUCCCCAAGGAGAAGGUGCACCCCGAGCUCUGGGUCGGCUCGAACAAAAAAUGGCGCGCCGUGCCCCGGGACCGGCUCGCGCGUGUGCAGCACAACAAGCCCCGCACCGCGGAGGAGCAGCAGAAGGCAGAGAAGCGGCUGCUCCAGCGGCAGGAGAGCAAGAAGCGCAAGCUCAAGGAAGCGGGCAUUAAAUACGACAUCGACGCCGUGUCAUAUAAAAAGAGGGCCAAGGCUGCAGAAGCGUAAGACUUCGUGGAUGCAUGCUCCCCCAACGUCGUGUAUUCUGCUCUCUGCUUAUGCGAUACCACUGCAUGUAUGCUCUGCAUGAUGACCGCAUGAUAUUGACGGUCGAUAACCAUGCUUUUGUUUCGGUCAUUGUC